CCGCCACCAGUGGUAGUGCUCUACCCCCUCCAGCGGAAAUCUCUUUGGACGGGGCGGCGAAUACGGAGAGUCGCCGCAGAUGGCGGACCGUUUGACCCGUAUCGCGAUCGUGAGCGAGGACAAGUGCAAGCCCAAGAAGUGCCGCCAGGAGUGCAAGAAGAGAUGCCCCGUUGUCAAGACCGGAAAGCUUUGCAUUGAAGUUAGUCCAGCGGCCAAACUUGCAUUCAUUUCUGAAGAGCUGUGUAUUGGUUGUGGUAUUUGUGUUAAGAAAUGCCCAUUUGAUGCCAUUGAAAUCAUCAAUCUUCCAAAAGAUUUGGAGAAAGAUACUACCCAUUGCUAUGGACCGAAUACCUUCAAAUUGCACAGUGGGUAA